AUGGUAGAUCCUGCGACCACCACAAAUGAUGCAGCUACUACGACAACCACAGCUCCUACAACUCCAACUGUAGCUUCUUCCACAAGAACAAGUGCAGCCCCUAAUACAACCACAACAGAAGCUUCUUCUACAACAACUGUAGAAACUACGACUACCACAACAACAUCCCCGACGACAACUGCAGCUCCUACUACAACUACCGUAGCUCCUACGGCCACUACAACUGCAGCAGCUCCAACAACAACUGUAGCUGCUUCCUCAACCACUACAGCAGCCCCUACUGCAACUAGAAAUGAAGAUCCUUCUACAAUAACCACAACAACAUCCCCUACGACAACUACAGCUCCUACUACAACCACCAGAGCUCCUACGGCCACUACAACUGCAGCAGCACCAACUGUAGCUGCAUCCACAACCACUACUGCAGCCCCUAUGGCAACAACAACUCUAGCUCAUACAACAACAACGUUAGCUACAAUAGCAAGCACAACAGCAGCUGCAACGACAACCACUGCAGCUUCUAUAACAUCUACAACAAGCGCAACAAUACCACCUACGGCAACAACUACAGCUUCUACUACGACAAAAAUGGUAGAUCAUGCGACCACCACAAAUGAUGCAGCUACUACGACAACCACAACUCCUACAACUCCAACUGUAGCUUCUUCCACAAGAACAAGUGCAGCCCCUACUACAACCACAACAGAAGCUUCUUCUACAACAACUGUAGAAACUACGACUACCACAACAACAUCCCCUACGACAACUGCAGCUCCUACUACAACUACCGUAGCGCCUACGGCCACUACAACUGCAGCAGCUCCAACAACAACUGUAGCUGCUUCCUCAACCACUACAGCAGCCCCUACUGCAACUAGAAAUGAAGAUCCUUCUACAAUAACCACAACAACAUCCCCUACGACAACUGCAGCUCCUACUACAACCACCGGAGCUCCUACGGCCACUACAACAGCAGCAGCUCUUACAACAACAACUGAAGCUGCUUCCACAAGCACUACUGCAGCCCUUACUGCAACCACAUCUGAAGCAUCUUCUACAACAACUAUAGCACCUACGACAACAUCCCCUUCGACAACUGUAGCUCCAACAACGGCAAUCACAACCGAAGGUCCUACGACCAUUUUAACUCCUACGACAACCACAACUGUAGCACCUACAGCAGCCACAACAACAACUAUAUCACCUACGACAACCACAACAAUCUCCCCUUUGACAACUGUAGCUCCAACAACGCCAAUCAAAACUGCAGGACCCACUGCUUUUGUAAGUCCUACGACAAACACAAAUGUAGCUCCUACAGCAAGCACAACAGCAAUUAGUACAACAAAUGUUGCUCCUAAGAUCACUACAAAUGCAGCAGCACCAACUGUAGCUGCAUCCACAACCACUACUGCAGCCCCUAUGGCAACAACAACUCUAGCUCAUACAACAACAACGUUAGCUACAAUAGCAAGCACAACAGCAGCUGCAACGACAACCACUGCAGCUUCUAUAACAUCUACAACAAGCGCAACAAUACCACCUACGGCAACAACUACAGCUUCUACUACGACAAAAAUGGUAGAUCCUGUGACCACCACAAAUGAUGCAGCUACUACGACAACCACAGCUCCUACAACUCCAACUGUAGCUUCUUCCACAAGAACAAGUGCAGCCCCUAAUACAACCACAACAGAAGCUUCUUCUACAACAACUGUAGAAACUACGACUACCACAACAACAUCCCCUACGACAACUGCAGCUCCUACUACAACUACCGUAGCGCCUACGGCCACUACAACUGCAGCGGCUCCAACAACAACUGUAGCUGCUUCCUCAACCACUACAGCAGCCCCUACUGCAACUAGAAAUGAAGAUCCUUCUACAAUAACCACAACAACAUCCCCUAUGACAACUGCAGCUCCUACUACAACCACCGGAGCUCCUACGAGCUCCUACGGCCACUACAACUGCAGCAGCACCAACUGUAGCUGCAUCCACAACCACUACUGCAGCCCCUAUGGCAACAACAACUCUAGCUCAUACAACAACAACGUUAGCUACAAUAGCAAGCACAACAGCAGCUGCAACGACAACCACUGCAGCUUCUAUAACAUCUACAACAAGCGCAACAAUACCACCUACGGCAACAACUACAGCUUCUACUACGACAAAAUGCUCCUACUACAACCACCGGAGCUCCUACGGCCACUACAACAGCAGCAGCUCUUACAACAACAACUGAAGCUGCUUCCACAAGGACUACUGCAGCCCUUACUCAGCACCAACUGUAGCUGCAUCCACAACCACUACUGCAGCCCCUAUGGCAACAACAACUCUAGCUCAUACAACAACAACGUUAGCUACAAUAGCAAGCACAACAGCAGCUGCAACGACAACCACUGCAGCUUCUAUAACAUCUACAACAAGCGCAACAAUACCACCUACGGCAACAACUACAGCUUCUACUACGACAAAAAUGGUAGAUCCUGCGACACCACAAAUGAUGCAGCUACUAACAACCACAGCUCCUACAACUCCAACUGUAGCUUCUUCCACAAGAACAACUCCUACUACAACCACCAGAGCUCCUACGGCCACUACAACUGCAGCAGCACCAACUGUAGCUGCAUCCACAACCACUACUGCAGCCCCUAUGGCAACAACAACUCUAGCUCAUACAACAACAACGUUAGCUACAAUAGCAAGCACAACAGCAGCUGCAACGACAACCACUGCAGCUUCUAUAACAUCUACAACAAGCGCAACAAUACCACCUACGGCAACAACUACAGCUUCUACUACGACAAAAAUGAUCACUACAAAUGCAGCAGCACCAACUGUAGCUGCAUCCACAACCACUACUGCAGCCCCUAUGGCAACAACAACUCUAGCUCAUACAACAACAACGUUAGCUACAAUAGCAAGCACAACAGCAGCUGCAACGACAACCACUGCAGCUUCUAUAACAUCUACAACAAGCGCAACAAUACCACCUACGGCAACAACUACAGCUUCUACUACGACAAAAAUGGUAGAUCCUGCGACCACCACAAAUGA